AUGCUGGACAAACACACUCAAGGGGAUGUCAUUAUAUUUGCUUCCUUGGUGUAUAGUCUCUGGCACAGCAGGAACAAACUGAUUUUUGAAGACCAGGACAUUCCAAUGCAGAUAGUGAUUGAAUCAGCCAUGAAGGUUUUAUCUCAAUUCCAACAAGCUAAUAGUAAAUUGCACCCUCUGCACAUUCAGCCUAGUGUUGCACCUGUACGUUUUUGGAUAGCCCCCCCUGACGGUGUUUUCAAAUUAAAUACUGACUUAGCUUUCAAAGAUGGUGCAAAUUGGGGAGUAGGAGUGGUAGUGAGGGAUCAUGAAGGUUUUGUUCUUGGAGCUGCUUCGUGGCAGAAACAAUGUGGAGCCGAAGUGAGAGUUGCUGAAGCUUUGGGUCUGUGCCUUGGUCUCCAAUUUGCCUUGGAUAUGGGCAUCAUAUUUUAA